CUCCCUCCUCCUCUUCACACUGCACGCCUCUCUCUCUCUCUCUCUCUCUCUCUCUCUCUCUCUCUCUCUCUCUCUCUCUACAUGUGAGAAACGAAGGAUCAGUUCACACCCAAGCCAUGGCAGAGAAGAUCUCCAUGAUCAUCGUCGUGGUUGACCUUGAUUGCCACAAGUGCUACAAUAAGAUCCGCAAGAUUCUAUGCCAGCUCCAAGACUGCGAGAGGAUCCGGACGAUCUCCUUCGACGACAAGAGCAAGACGAUCACCAUCGUGGGGCCGUUCGACCCGCACAGGCUCGCCUGCAAGCUCCGGUGCAAGGGCGGCAAGGUGAUCAGGGACAUCCACAUCGUGGACAACGGCGGCGGGAAGCCGCCGCAGAAGAUGGCGGAGACGCCGCCGCCGGCGAAGAACGGCAAGCCGAAGAACAAGGACAAGCCCCCCGCUGCUGAGCCGCCACCGCCACCGAUGCCGCCACCUGAGCCUGCGCCGGCGCCGGCGCCCGAGAUGCCACCUCCGUCGCCGGCGCACCAGGCUCCCACCGGCCCCGACCGGGAGAUUGCCGCGAUGGUGCCGGCCUUCGUCGAGGAGAAGCAGCCGAACGCGAAGCCGGCGGAGCUCGAGCCGCCGCCCAUGUCGCCGCCGCGGAAGGAGAGGCCGAUGCCGAUGGACUUCCCGACGCCGAUGCCGGCGUCUAUGCCGCCGCCGCCGGUGAAGGAGCGGCCCCCGCCGCGUCCGCCCUGCAGGCCGCUGGAGCAGGCCGCGCCGGCGGAGUACGUGAUACCGACGGUGGAGAUCCCGUCGUGGCCGGCGCCGCCGGUGGGGCCGUGCGGGUGCCCCUGCUGCGCGCCGUGCUACCAGGGCUACUACGAGGGGUGCCGGUGCUGCUGCUGCGGCAGGACGUACGCGCAGCCGCUGCCGCCGCCGGCGGGGUGCGGCUACAGGGGCUGCCGGACCUUCAGCGACGAGGACCCCACGGCGGCGUGCACCAUCAUGUGAUGGUUUUCAGUUUUUCAGUGGAGUCUUGGUGGUGGUUACAAGUUCUGCAUGAUGGCCAAAUGUCUAUUGGAGUUUUUGACUUUUUUCAGUGUUUUUUUGCGUGAAUUGAAUUGGGGCUUUCAGUGGUUUUUGCACAGAUUGAUGGAUUAAUAUGAAAUGGCAUGUUUAACUGAUCGUGCAAGAUUGGUCAAAAAA